CACGUGACCAGGUGACAGCCCUCGCUCGCUGGCGGGGCUCGCUGGAGGUGCUGCGGCACAGCACGGGAUGGCGGAGGCACCUCCGGUCUCAGGCACUUUUAAAUUCAGUACAGAUGCUGCUGAGUUCAUUCCUCAGGAGAGAAGAAAUUCUGGUCUGAAUUGUGGGACCCAAAGAAGACUAGACUCUAGGAUUGGGAGAAGAAAUUACAGUUUCUCACCUCCCUGUCACCUUCCCAGGCAGAAUCCUUACGAUGACAUCUCUGCUAUUCAUCAGCACAGUUACGCCUCUGGAAGCAAACCCAAGAGUCACCAGGUGUUUUUCCAGUCUAAUAAAUCACUCAAGAACCAUGGCCUUCACAAUCAGCCAUGGCAGAAGUUGAGGAAUGAAAAACACCAAAGCAGAGUCAAGAAAGCACAAGGGCUCACUGACCAGACGUCAGAUGCGUCCAGUUUAGAAAGUGUGACCAGGUCAGAGAGUGGAGCAGACCUUAGGGAGCAUAGCCCUUCUGAGAGUGAGAAAGACGUGGUUAUUGCAGAUCCUAGGGGAGCAAAGCCCAAAAAGGCAGCACAGUUUACAUACAACUAUGGCAGAGGGCCAAAGGCCAAAGGGAAGCCCAAAUGCGAGCUGGGUAGUAGAAUGAGCCCGAAGUCUGAGGACGAAAGCACCAGACCCGUGGGGGCUUCCCAGGCUGACUUUUCAGAUGCGUCCUGUAGAAAGGCUGUAGUGGAUGGCUGCGUGUCGAGACGGAGCGAGCAGAGAAGAUACCCACAGAAAAGGCCUCCGUGGGAGGUGGAGGGUGCCAGACCACGACCAGGGAGGAACCCACCCAAACAGGAAAGUCAGCGACAUUUAAAUUCAGGGCCUAAAAACAACAUGCCCCCCAUUCCAAAGGAUAAUCUCAGAGAAAGACCAACAAAGUCAGCCUGUGACACCGGAAAUUUGGCCGUUGUCAACAAAUCUUCCAGAAGGGUUGACCAAGAGAAGAAUGCAGGAAGGAGACAGGACCCUCAAGUGCUCUCUCCAUUCCCCAGAGGCAAACAGAGCCAUGUGCUGAAGAAUGCAGAAACACAUACAGGUUCCCUAAUUGAGCAGCUAACUACAGAAAAAUACGAAUGUAUGGUGUGCUGUGAAUUGGUUCAAGUUACAGCCCCGGUGUGGAGCUGUCAGAGCUGUUUUCACGUCUUUCAUUUGAACUGUAUUAAGAAGUGGGCCCGGUCUCCAGCAUCUCAUGCAGAUGGCCAGAGUGGUUGGAGGUGCCCUGCUUGUCAGAAUGUUUCUGCACAUGUUCCUAAUACUUAUACUUGUUUCUGUGGUAAAGUAAAGAAUCCUGAAUGGAGCAGAAAUGAAAUUCCACAUAGUUGUGGUGAGGUUUGUAGGAAGAAACAGCCUGGCCAGGACUGUCCACAUUCCUGUAACCUUCUCUGCCAUCCUGGACCCUGCCCACCCUGCCCUGCUUUUACAACUAAAGCAUGUGAAUGUGGACGCACCAGGCACACAGUUCGCUGUGGUCAGGCUGUCUCAGUCCACUGUUCUAACGCAUGUGAGAAUAUUUUGAACUGUGGUCAACACCACUGUACUGAGCUGUGCCAUGGGGGUCAGUGCCAGCCUUGCCGGAUCAUAUUAAACCAGGUGUGCUACUGUGGCAGCACCUCCCGAGAUGUGCUAUGUGGAACAGAAGUGGGGAAAUCUGAUGGAUUUGGGGACUUCAGCUGUUUAAAGAUAUGUGGCAAGGACUUGAAAUGUGGGACCCAUACCUGUUCUCAAGUGUGCCACCCUCAACCUUGUCAGCCUUGCCCACGGCUCCCCCAUCUGGUGCGAUGUUGCCCUUGUGGCCAAACACCUCUCAGCCAGUUACUGGAACUUGGAAGUAAUGGUCGGAAAACAUGCAUGGAUCCUGUCCCUUCAUGUGGAAAAGUGUGUGGCAAACCCUUGUCCUGUGGUUCCUCAGAUUUCAUCCAUACCUGUGAGAAGCUCUGCCAUGAAGGAGACUGUGGACCAUGCUCUCGUACGUCAGUCAUUUCCUGCAGAUGCUCUUUCAGGACAAAGGAGCUUCCGUGUACCAGUCUUAAAAGUGAAGAUGCUACAUUUAUGUGUGACAAGCGGUGUAACAAGAAACGAUUGUGUGGCCGGCAUAAAUGUAACGAGAUAUGCUGUGUGGACAAGGAGCACAAGUGUCCUUUGAUUUGUGGGAGGAAGCUCCGUUGUGGCCUUCAUCGGUGUGAAGAACCUUGUCAUCGAGGGAACUGUCAGACCUGCUGGCAAACCAGUUUUGAUGAAUUAACCUGCCACUGUGGCGCCUCUGUGAUCUACCCACCAGUCCCCUGUGGAACUAGGCCUCCUGAGUGUACUCAGACCUGUGCCAGAGUCCACGAAUGUGACCAUCCAGUGUAUCAUUCUUGUCAUAGUGAGGAGAAGUGUCCUCCCUGCACCUUCUUAACUCAGAAGUGGUGCAUGGGCAAGCAUGAGUUACGAAGCAACAUCCCCUGUCAUCUGGUUGAUAUCUCUUGCGGAUUACCCUGCAGUGCCGUGCUACCCUGCGGGAUGCACAAAUGUCAAAGACUCUGUCACAGAGGAGAAUGUCUUGUGGACGAGGCCUGCAAGCAGCCCUGUACCACCCCCAGAGCUAACUGUGGCCACCCAUGUAUGGCACCCUGCCACACCAGUUCACCCUGCCCUGUGACAGCUUGUAAAGCCAAGGUAGAGUUACAGUGUGAAUGUGGGAGAAGAAAAGAAAUGGUGAUCUGUUCGGAAGCAUCCGGCACCUAUCACAGAAUAGCUGCUAUUUCUAUGGCCUCUAAAAUAAUGGACAUGCAGCUGGGAGAUUCAGUGGAGAUCAGCAAGUUCAUUACCAAGAAGGAAGUCCAACAAGCCAGGUUGCAGUGUGACGAGGAGUGCUCUGCUCUGGAAAGGAGAAAGAGGUUGGCAGAGGCUUUUGACAUCAGUGACGAUUCUGAUCCUUUCAAUGUUCGCUCUUCAGCAUCCAAGUUCAGUGACAGUUUGAAAGAUGACGCCAGGAAAGACUUAAAGUUUGUCAGUGACGUUGAGAAGGAAAUGGAAGCACUUGUGGAGGCUGUGGAUAAGGGAAAGAGCAAUAAGAAAAGCCACUGCUUCCCCCCCAUGAACAGAGACCACCGCCGCAUCAUCCAUGACCUGGCCCAAGUCUAUGGCCUGGAGAGCGUGAGCUACGACAGUGAACCAAAGCGCAAUGUCGUGGUUACUGCAGUCAGAGGGAAGUCCGUUUGCCCUCCCACCACACUGACCAGUGUGCUUGAGAAGGAAACUCAGACGCGGCCUCCACCGCCAAUUGCUCAUCACCGACACCAGGCAGACAAGAAUCCUGGGAGCAGUAGUUUACAGAAGAUAGCUAAGGAGCCAGUGAUCGACUACUUUGAUGUUCAGGACUGAGAAGACACACAUUUAGAUGAAAGAGUGAUUCUGUGUAGUGGAGACUCAUUUGCCAGCAGAUUAAUCAUGCUCAUUCCUCCUGCGUGGCAGAACCCCCUUGUCUACUCCUGCCCCAACUAUCUCACUGUGGCCAGAUCUCUGGCUGUGUGGCCGCUGGAUUUUUAGUCACCGAAGAGGCUCCUCACCCCAUCACUGUGAUUACUAAGAGGGUUGGGGAGUAUCAUAUUUGAUUUGGAUAAACCAGAAUUUUUUCCCAAGCUGACUUUGUGGCACCUAGCCGUAAUUCUAGUUGUUCCCCUUGUUCACCUGGUGGGUGUGGAAAGACGCGUGAAGUACUGACCUUGGUAAACCAUUUCUGGAAUCAUAUGUCUCCGUAGACUGGGCAGGUUAUAGAAUUCCAUUUCUUAAGUCCUGGCAUCUUCCACCACAUCACCAAGCCUACCCAGGGGCAGUAAUUGUCCCCCACAAUGGUAAGAACUGAGCAAGCUCUUCUGCCAUGUUCACACUGUGGGCCGAUGAACUACCUGCCCACUGUAGCCCUGAGUCCUCUCUGAUUGAUAAAGAUGCUCACACAGACAGCUGUCCUGUGUUGGUUUUUCCUAGGCUUUCAGAAGCCACACUGACUCUCCCUAUGUCUGAGCUCUGUCUGACUAUUGAGAGAAGUGCGUGGGCAGUCCAGAGCUUAUGCCCAGCAGCCGCCGUAGGCAUUCUUCCGUUUCUUUCUUUAGCGACCCCUCCUCAUCGCAGGCUGGACUCUUUUUUUAUUUUUUAUUUUUUUGGUUUUCAAGACAGGGUUUUUCUGUGUAGCCCUGACUGUCCUAGAACUCACUCUGUGUAGAGCAGGCUGGCCGCAAACUCACAGAGAUACACUUGCCUCUGCCUCCCGAGUGCUGGGAUUAGAGGCCUGUGCCACCACUGCCUGGGUUCUUUUCACUUUAAAAUAAGCAUUCAGGUCUUAAACUCUCAGUCUUCCUUGCUUGGCCUUCUGAGUGCUGGGAUUAUAGGCCUCUACCGUUCAGCUGAGAGACACUUAAUCUUUUUUUUUUAAUUAUCUAUUUUAUUGGUGUUUUAGCCUAUAUGUAUAUCUGUGUGAGGGUCCUGGAUCUUGGAGUUACAGUAAGCUGCCAUGUGGGUGCUGGGAAUUGAACCCAGGUCCUCUAGAAGAGCAAUCAGUGCUCUUAACCACUGAGCCAUCUCUCCAGCCCCAAGGCACUUACUUAAUUUUACAGGAAAAACCUGCUGCUCUUUGGUCCUAACCCCAGGCUCGGUUGGAAGGCGCGAGGAAUACCAGGAAGCACAGGUGACCGGAGAGAGGUGGUGGGAAACAGCGGAGCCUGUCUGUGCCCUCGCACCCAACAGGAAGUGCCACUGUUGUCCAGGGGACAGUGCAUGGUCUCAGCAAAGCAGGAGGGACAAAUCUGACCAGAUUCUAGGCCUGCCGCUGGGUGGACGGGGGCUCUUCCUGCUUGAACUGGGUUGUGGGGACUAAAGGGAUCACAGCCUGGUGCAUCGGAUACAGAGUCCAUGAACGUGACAUCGCUAACCACGUAGCGAGUGAUGCCUGUUGGGCCUCUCCUGCCCACGAAUGCCUGGUGCUGGGGCUUGAGGCUGACAGGAUGUGUUUGUGAGUCAUGGAAGCCAUGGACAAGCCCUAAGAGGGUAGCAAGGCUGGGUUUAUGAUCUGUAUCAGAAGCCCACAGGUGUUUUCC